AUGGCGGCCGAGUCAAGUGGUGCCGCAGCUGAGGUGACCAAGCUCGCCCUGAAGAUGGGAUCGGCCACGGUGGAUUCGAUCACAUUCGUGGCGGACUUGUGCGAGGACCUUCCUUUUGAAAAUCAGGAGGAGCUCCAGACUUUGUAUCGGAGGUGCGUGUUCUUAACCACAUGCGUGAUCGUGAAAAGCAGACAGAGCUCUUUCUCGGAGAUGGACGUGUCACCUGUCGAGGAGUGCCUGGAAGCAGCGGGGGAACUGGUGGAGCGGUGUGGUGGGCGAGGCAAGAUGACAAGGGUGCUAAAUGCCUCGAGCGACAAGGACCAGAUCGCCCGCAUGAAGGCAAACAUCAGAGAUCUGGAGGCCAACUUGAGCCUGGCGGGUGUCGCCAUUCUUGAGGGGAAGACCAGCGACUUGAGGGCGACGGUGGAGCGAAUGGCCAAAAUACAAGCAGCAACUCAAGAAGUGAUCCUGGCAAAUACGGAAAUCAUUACUGACCGGCUAUCCAAGACACCGGCCAAGCCGGCCAAAAUUCCCAAGAGCACACCAAUUUGGAAGAGCUGGCAUGUCGAACGCUUCGAUGUAGUGGAAAGGGUGUUUGAGCCGCUUACUGCCGAUGGGGGACCGCCCUUGGUGGGGCUGGUCGGCGACAGCGGGUCGGGCAAGACCACGGCCGCGUCCGAGAUCGUCAGGAGUAACGAAGAUCGUCUCCCGUCCUUGAUGCUGCAGCUUGCCCAUAUGGUGUAUGAGGAAAUUGGCGGUCGUCGUCCAGCCACAUCGGAUGACGGUACAGCCUACAUCAAGGAGCGAAUGCACCGCGGCCAUGGGGGCGAAGGAUUGAAAUGCCUCGGAGUGGUAGACAACGUGUGGGAGAAGGAGGUCGUCUGCGAACUGCUGGAAGCGGGAAUGUGGGUUCUUCUGUCGACCCGCGACGAAGAGCUGGUGACAGGCUGGGAGGGGGAGGUUGUGGAAGUGAACGAGUUGUCCGAGGUAGAAGCGGAGUCGGUGCUGAGGAAAGCAGCGGAGCUACCCCCCGAGACGCGCUUGCCCGAUGAUGCCGUUGACCUGAUCGAGCUGUGUGGGCGCGUGGCGAUGGACCUGGCAUUCGGUGGUCGUUUGAGCACCGUUCGGGGCAGGUCAGACCGGACGGCUUGGUCGAAAGCCGCCAGCAAAGUCAGGACAGAGAUGAGUAAGGGCGAGUGCGAGGGCGUUCGCGGUACGGUGGUGGAGACUCGCGAUGCACGGCGGAAGGCCGUCGUCCAGGCUGGGUUUGGGGAUCUCGCCAUUGGAUCAGACGACGAGCGCGUGCAGCGGCUGUACCUAUCUCUUGCAGUAUUACCGGACGGCCGUAGGUUUACGGUGAAGGACGCGGCCGUGUUGAUCUACGAUCGAAUGCCUAGCGCCGAGGAUGAGGCAUCUGCUGCAGGGGUGGUGGAGAUUCUGGAACGCUGGUCCGCCCUGUGCUCUAUAAGGGGAUGUUACCGAAUGGCUUGGAGAGGGAGCCACUAUGUUCUGCACGACGCCCACUCGGACUUCGCGAGGGAGAAGCUCAUGGACCGUGGGGACGUGUGCCGACCUGCGUUGGUGAGGUGGACGAGGAAUAUCUCGUCUGUGGAUACUCUCCGGGCAGUGCGCUGGCAUGAAGUAAGAGAUCUGUGGUUGGGCGCGGAGCAGGUGGGUGGCGACGGGUGGAAAAUCACCCGUCCGUACGAGGCGGCGCUGGCCGGGCUGGAAGAUUCUGAUCCCCACCGCCCAACGUUACUCGAUAUGCCGGUGACCAAGGUGCGCCCAUACUCUCUGUCGGUGAUCCGCUCACUGCACGAGCUCGGUCUAGGCUACAAGCACGCUGGGUGUCUUGAAGAAGCGGAGGAGGUAUUGAGAGGAUGCCUGGUGAUUGGGGGGACCUUGCUUGGCUUCACGCAUGUGACCGUGGCUAAAACGUUGGAUCUAAGUGGAUGCGUUCGUGCAGCAGGGCAAUUCGCGCAGGCCGAGGAGUUGUUGAGACGCUGUUUGGCAACUAGGGAGGCAAAGCUAGGUCCUCGGGGGCUGGUGGAGACGGAGGAGUUGUUGGCGCGCCGUUUGGAGAUCGUGGAGGCCAGCACGGCCCUAGAUCAUGAACAUGUGGCCGACGUGCUGUUCGAUCUGGGUAGGUGCAUGCGACAGGCAGGGCGUAUGGACAAGGCAGAGGGUUUGCUAAGGCGUUGCCUCAAGAUCCAUGAGGUCAGGUGGAUUGGCGCGUGCGUGCGAGACGCAGGGCGAGUGGGGGACGCGGAGGAGUUGUUGAGGCACUGUGUGGAGAUCGACGAAGCUCAACUGGGUCCAGAGCAUCUCCAGGUGGCAGGCACGGUGCUGGAGUUGGGUGGUUGCCUUCGACGAGCGGGGCAGCUGAUGGAGGCGGAGGGGUUGCUGAGGUGCUCUUUGGGGAUCGCGGAAGCGAAAACCGACCCAAGGGGCUCGAAAGUAACCUACACGCUAUACCGACUGGGCCGCUGCGUUCAAGAAGCAGGUCGGCUGGGAGAGGCGGAAGACUUCUUGAGGCGGUGCUUGCAGAUCGAGGAGGCCAGGCCUGGUCCAGAGAAUAUGGAGGUCGCCGACACACUGCACUGGCUUGGUGUUUGCGUUCGUGGGGAAGGGCGGCUGGAGGAAGCGACGGAGUUGUUUCGGCAGUGUCUGGAGGAAGAGCAGCGAGCUAAACGAUUGUCGAGGCAUGACCAUGUUACGAAAGCCUGCACGCUUCAAGAGCUCGAUCUAUGCGACCAGGAGGCAACACGAGUGUCGGAGGCAGAGGAUUUGUCAGGCACAUGCCUUACGGAGUUAUGUAGUAAUUUUCGCAGAGGCAUGUACGCUGAGAUCGUAUUUUUACAUUGCACCAGCUUUGGUUGA